AGAAGUUAAAUUCCCUGUCUAUUCCAACGGUAACCCGUUCAACGCGAGAUGGCGGAAGUCAUCCUCCCGCGUCAAGUACUUUGUUUUUGUUUUUCUUAAAAAAAAAAAAAGAAAAGUCAACGACGACCGACGCCCGAGUCCCAACCCUUACAUCCGAGGGCCAGAGGUCGUCCCCUCCGCGCGAGGGCGCACCCAUCGCACCCGAUCUCUCUCUGUCUGUGUGGCGAUGAGGAAGUUCUUGAACUUCCAUCACCGGCAGCAUUCGACGACGCCGGCGCCUGUGCCGGAGGUGGUUCCGACGCCGACGGUAUUCUCAUGGCCACCGGAGUUCCUCUGCCCCCUCUCCUCGCAGCCGAUGUCCGACCCCAUCAUUCUAUCAUCGGGUCAAUCUUACGAGCGUAAUUGCAUCCUCGCCUGGAUCCAGUCCGGCCAGACAGCCUGCUACCUCACCGAGCAGCCGCUCUCCCCUGCGGAACUCAGCUGCUCCUUCGUCCCCAACGUCUCCCUCCGCUCCGCCAUCCACCGGUUCUGCCAAUCCUCCCGCCUCGAGCCCCCUUCCGCGCCUUCCGACGACGAAGCGCGCCUUUUCGUCGCCAAUCUCCUUCCCGAGCCCCAGCCGCAGCCCCUGCCGCCGGCCCCCGCCGCACCACCCGUCCGAGCCGCCCCGGUUAUCCAACCGCGUAUCUACCAUUCCGCCACCAACUUCAACUCGGGGAACUCUGCCGUCUUCCCUCUUCCUCUCUCCUCUCGACCAUUUCCUCGAGACGAGCCGCCUCCUGAGGAAACUCAGGAUGUAAUUCCGUGUAGCCUGGCUCAGAAGCUCCGGAGCUAUGACAACGACGAGCAGGCGGCCGCGGCCCGCGAGAUACGGCAGCUAACGCGGUCGGACCCUGCGAGCCGAUUGACGAUCGCGUCGGACGGGGCCUUGCUCUCGGCCUUGCUCCAGGCAACCGCGUCGCCGGAUUCUCGCGCCCAGAGCGACUCGGUCGCGACGGUCGUCAAUCUCUCGCUGGAGAGGGAGAGCAAGGUGCUGCUGGUCCGAGCCGGGGUUCUUCAAUUCCUAAUAGACGCGCUCCGGAGCGGGUGCAGCGAAGCGAGGGGUCACGCCGUGGCGGCGCUCUUCAGCCUGGCUGUGGAGGAGGAGAACCGGAUCGUGAUCGGAGUCAUCGGAGCCAUCCCGCUGCUGCUUCGUCUCGUCGGGACUUCCGGCGCCGGCGAUCGCGCCACCGCCGAGGACGCGGCCAUGGCGCUCUACUACCUAUCCUUGGAGCGGGGGAACAAGGCGAAAAUGAUCCGGGAGGGCGCAGUGCCGAUGCUGGUCCGGCGCGCCAGAGCGUCGACGGAGGGCGAGGACGCAGGGAGUAUCCAGGCGAGAUGCUUCAUGAUCUUGUGCAACCUCACCGUGGGGGAGGAAGGGCGGAGAUCGCUGCUCGGCUCCGACGCCCUCGCGGCUGCAUCGGAGGCCAUCGAGAUGUCGACCGGCGCCGGACCGGUGGAGGAACAAGCUCUCGCGCUGAUGCUGCUCUUGGUGGGAAGGGGGAACGGGCGGUACGCGCCGACGGGGCUGCCUCAGCCAGUUAUUCGCGAGGUGACGAGGCUGGCGCAGCAAGGGAAGGGGAGGAUAAGGGAGAAGGCCACUGCUCUGCUCAUGUUAUUGAAGGAGGCCCAGGCGGCGGAGCUCCGCUCCCGUCCCCCCCGCGGCGGGGAGUGGGACAUGAUGCCGCCGCCGCCACCGGCGAUGCAGGACGCGCACAGCAUCACGGGCCCCAAGACAGCUGGCUUCUGACUGGCGGUUAGUCUUAGUCAACACGAAGCCCUUUGAAAAACUGUAAAGAUGUGGUUUUUACUGCCCCUACUUCUCUCUUCUUUGCUCCUUUUUUUUUUCCUUCAUUCAUAUAUAUAUUUUACACUUUGGAUUUGGAUUUCAUUUAAACUCUGGUUGUGUUUUA